AUGCACAGGGAUGCCUGGCUACCUCGCCCUGCCUUCAGUCUCACGGGGCUCAGUCUGUUUUUCACUUUGGUACCCCCAGGACGGAGCAUGGAAGUCACAGUCCCCACCACUCUCAGUGUCCUCAAUGGGUCUGACACCCGCCUGCCCUGUACCUUCAACUCCUGCUACACCGUGAACCACAAGCAGUUCUCUCUAAACUGGACUUACCAGGAAUGUAACAAUUGCUCAGAGGAGAUGUUCCUCCAGUUCCGAAUGAAGAUCAUUAACCUGAAGCUGGAGCGGUUUGGAGACCGUGUAGAGUUUUCCGGGAACCCAAGUAAGUAUGACGUGUCGGUGACCCUGAAAAACGUGCAGCUGGAAGAUGAAGGCAUCUACAACUGCUACAUCACCAACCCACCGGACCGCCACCGUGGCCAUGGCAAGAUCUACCUGCAGGUCCUUCUGGAAGUGCCCCCAGAGCGGGACUCCACGGUGGCAGUCAUCGUGGGUGCCUCAGUGGGGGGCUUCUUGGCUGUGGUCAUCUUGGUGCUGAUGGUGGUCAAGUGUGUGAGGAGGAAAAAAGAGCAGAAGCUGAGCACGGAUGACCUGAAGACUGAGGAGGAGGGCAAGACAGACGGUGAGGGCAACGUGGAAGAUGGUGCCAAGUAA